GCUAUCGCCUUUACCUACGAUUCACUGAACUUCUCGAACAAUUAUUCAGUCGCCAAAGAUCCCGACAGCUAUCCUCCGACCUUAACGGCCUCACCGUCUCUGAGAGAAGCCACCAUGGAUCCAUCCAAGUGGCGGUAUUGGGUUGCCACAGAUUGCCAGGAUGCACUGGCCGCCGUCUUCCGAGUGGAAGUCACCGAGGGGCAGCGCCCUGGAAGAAUCGUGAUCUACAACAAGGCAGGGCACUGGACGGUGGCGGUGUUUUCAAAAGGUGCGACUCAAGGUCUGUGA